GAAACUUGUGUUCUGUAGCCUAUUUGUAGUAUGAUGACCGCUUGCUAGCCUUAUAGGUAGCCGCAGUCACGUAAACGAGACAGUAAUUUAACAAAACAUAUGAACGUUCGUUAGGUAUUAAUAGUGAAUUACCCGAGGAAGAGAAUGAGUCGACGAAAUAAUCACUCUUUUUCUGAUUAUGGACCGCCGAAUACAUACACUGCUCAUGGAAGCGUCACACCAACCCAGGGAAGUGCAGGAACAACCCACCACACAAGACACUCGACCGUAAACCCAGGAUCCUACAACUCUCAGCAAACAAGCAACUCAGAAAAAGCCGAGCUCUACGACCCAUAUGAUCCUAAUCCUGGCUCAUCAUCUGACUCUGAAGUGGAGCCUUCCAAAGGCAGGGAAGACCAUCACAGACACAGAGUUAGUGGAGGGAGCAGCCGCCUGAGUAGUGGAUAUCAAGGCUCUGCUUCAGUAGCUGGGCAUCGUGAUGGCUUCAACUGGGAUUUGUUAUCCUCUCGGCCCAGUACCAGACAUGAGCAGUCCAGCCAUGAUCACUCAGAAAGAAGGAAUCCACCAGGGUUUACCCGGUCCCACUGGGAUACCAACCCCAUUCAUGGCCAAUCAGAAUCUAGUGGAAGAGGUGGGGACCUAACCAAGUCACGCUCAGAGGUCACAAAGAAGAGAAGCAGAAGCCCAAAUGAGGACAUAUCGAGUGAUUUUUUCACCUGUGACUUGUGUAACUUGGAUCUCCAUAAAGCGAGCACCCUUGAGGUGCAUCUGAAGUGCAAUAGUCACUGGGAGACCCUGGAGCACAUCCAAAAUCAAAACAACUACGACGACACGGCAAUCGCCUUUUUGCAUGAGGCCAUGUUAACCAAAGUCCGGCACGGUGAUAGACUGCAGAUGAACAGACAAAGCCUUAGAGCAUUGCAGGACAAGGAUUACAUGACAAAGUUAGAUAUUUUCCACUGUGCUCCUUGCCAAGUCUACGUCUCCGUACAUCCAUCGUCACUGCAGGAUCACCUGAGCUCCAAAGACCACCUGAGGAACAAAAUGGAAUUUAGAGCCAAACAGUUGUGGGAAAGUGUGAACUUUGCAAAGGCCACCAUGAAACGAAUGAAUACCGAGUAUGCAAGCUUCUGUGAGGGCAAGGAUCCUUUUGAACAGUCAUCAUGAGGGCCAUGAAGAAUAGACCAACAGUUGAUGUGAACUGCUAGCUACUGGCUGUGGACAGCCAACAACCACCAAUCAAAAUCAACUAGACAAAGACCAAAUGGACAUAGUCUGUGCCCUUAGUGUUGAUGUUCAGUCGUAUGUAUCUCUAAACUAAUACAGGAUCAUCUUAACUAAUACAGAAUCCCGGUUUUCCUUGAGUGUGGAGCAUACAUUAGCUAGAUAUCACGUAGUUGAGAACUUGUAGUCAUUUUGUGUUUGAUGUAGACAUUUUUCACAUAAGAACAUCCAUUUGUAAUUUUGGACCUUUUUUAUUUUUCAGUUGGUAAUUGAUUUAAUUUCAAUAGAUAUUGAAGCACAUUUUGCAAUGUUUUUCCCACAAUUAUCUUUUUCCAUUAGAACACCUGCUUUGAUUCAUUGAGAUUUAAGGAUAGAAAUACUGUAAUGUUUGGUUUCCUUGAAGAAAUAUGGUCUUUACAGGCUAUCCAACUUUAAUUUCUUACAAUCAUUUAAAAAUAAUACCCAAACAAUAAAUGUUUUAAAGAAUAA